AUGAAUAGCCCGACGUUGCGUCGCCACCUCACACCAUCGUCACAUGAUGAGCACGACCGCAGCGGCUCAUAUAACUGGAUAAUACAAUUCGUAUUCACCAACGGCGAGGAGUGGAUAGUUCGAUUUCCCAAAGGCCCCAAAGUCAAGCAUCCCGAUGAGAAGGUUGAGGCUAAAGUCUCAACGCUGAAGCUCAUUCGAGACAAGACGGAUAUCCCCGUCCCUGAAGUCAAAGCCUGGGGCUUGGCGGCUGAAAAUAAGUUUGGGCUAGGCCCAUUCAUCAUGAUGUCAGUCAUUAAAGGUAUCGACCUGGAGAGCAUUCUUCGAACACCUGACUCUAAAGCCAGACUUAUGCGGCAGGAUAUCGGUGAUGGAGUCGCUGCAACAAUCUACCGUCAAAUUGCCAGGUAUAUGCUCCAGCUCUUUAAGCUCGACUUUCCCCGGAUCGGCGGCUUGUCGAAAUCACCCAUAUCGCAGAGGGCUGUAGGCUACGCUGCGGCGAUAGACUCACGGCCCUUCACGUGGAGGGCACAUGAGGCCCUGGUUCUCGGUGGAGUUGAUACUUACUGCCCAAAAGCCACAACAUUCUCGUCCACUGCCGACUAUUUCGCCUAUGUAGCCGAGGGGGACCUACAGCAGCUCUAUCAGCAACCAAGCGCGGUCGACGACGAGACAGAUGCACGAAAGAAGCUCAUCUACUGGGAAACCUUCAAGUCCCUUACGAACAUGGGGACAAAAGUCCCCAAGUAUGACAAGGGGCCAUUUAAGCUUAUCUGCGAUGAUUUUGGCCCAGCAAAUAUGAUUGUCAAUAACGAGCGGGAUUUGAAGAUCGUCGGUGUCAUUGAUUGGGAAUGGUCAUAUGCUGGGCCCUGCCAGCUUUUCUGCUCUCCACCGCACUGGCUUUUACUCGAUUCGCCAAACUAUUGGUUCAAAGACGAUAAUAGCGUUGCUACCAGGUACGAGAAGUUUUUGGAAAUGUUCCUGAGGAUCCUGGAAGAAGAGGAGGGAGCUAUACUUAGGGAUGUUCCUUUGGAUGAGAGGCCUUCAGCGCUCAUGAGAGAAUGCAAAGAAGAUGGGCGAAUGUGGUUUCACUGCAUCAUUCGCCAGGGAUUUAACGGCCCCGAUAUGUUAGUCUGGGAACGGCUCCGAGCUGCAACACCAGACUUUGAUCGGCUUGUUGAAGCAGUCUCGGAGGAGAAAAUCACUGCGUUCGUCAAGGAGAAGAUGGUUGCCUUAGCCAAGUACAGGCUGAAAAGGGAUAAGAAGCGAGAUUGGUUCGAUCAGGUCAUGUGCACGGCAAGUCAGGGUUAGUGUAGCCGCUUUAUUACGAUCAAUUAUUUGAAUAGAGAGC